ACUUCUAGAAUUUGUCCUUUGGCUGUUGGCUCGGUCACUCGCAACGCAUCUCUGCGGCGCUUUCGGAAGCUUCAAAUCGCGAAAAAAGUAGGCACUCCAUCGUCGCACCGCCAAGCCCUGUUGCUGCACUUUACAAACGGGAGAGAGUCUUCUCAUCUGGGUACUCCUGAAAGCCGGCCCAUGGAUGCUGAAGACGCUAAAUGCUUCGCACGAUGACAUCCGUGGCUAAGAGGGUUUCCAUCCCCAAGAAUGGCGUUGACUACAGAGGAAAGAUCGUCCUGGCCCCUAUGGUGCGCAGUGGCGAAUGUCCAUCGCGUUUGGUGGCACUCAAGUACGGUGCAGACUUGGUGUGGGGACCAGAGACCAUUGACAAAGCGCUCAUCGGUACGACGCGACACGAAAACCCAGUGACGAAAGCCGUCGACUUCACCAGAAUAUCCUCGAAUGGAGCCAAGAACCCAAGUCUAAAUCCCGACCAGCGCGAAAGUGUCAUAUACCGCCUGCACCCAGAACGAGAAGGCAAGAAACUCAUCUACCAGAUCGGAACUGCAAACCCAGAAACCGCAGUCGAAGCCGCGAAACUCAUCGCAAAAGAUGUCGCAGGCAUCGACGUCAACGCAGGCUGUCCCAAACCCUUCAGCACCAGCGGCGGAAUGGGCGCAGCCCUCCUCAAAACUCCCGACAAACUCUGCGCCAUCCUUCGCGCCCUUGUGAAAGAAGUCGGUAUACCCUACGAAAUCGGCAUCAGCGUGAAAAUCCGCAUCCUCGACACCCCCGAGGAAACCCAAGACCUCGUCCGCAAACUCUGCGAAACCGGUAUCCAUGGCCUAACAGUCCACUGCCGCACAACACCCAUGCGCCCCCGCGAAGCCGCAAUCCGCGACGGCCGUCUCAAAGUCGUUCGCGAAACAUGUCACGCAGCCGGCGUCUCCUGCCUCAUCAACGGCGACGUAACAUCCCGCGAUGAAGCAUUGAAACUCAUCUCCCAAUACGGCGUCGACGGCGCCAUGAUCGCCACAGCAGCCGAACAAAACCCCUCAGUUUUCCGUCCCGAAUCCGAAGGCGGCAAAGCUCCCUGGGACGAAGUCGUAAAAGAAUAUGUGAAAACCGCACUUGAAGUCGAAAAUCGUUUCGGGAAUACAAAGUAUCUUCUCGGACAAAUGAUUCCUGGGAAAGUCGGAGCGUAUAAGAAAAUGAUGAGUGCGAAGAGUUAUAGUUCGAUUGUGGAAGUUUUGGGGUAUGAGGAUUUGAAAGAAACUGCUGUGGAAGUCGAUCGGAGGUUGGAAAUUGGGGCUUUUGAGAAGCCGAAGAUGACUAAAGCAGAGAGGAAGAAGGCGAUGAAGGAGGCUGCUGCGGCAGUUGUUGCUAAAGUCACGGAUGGGGAUGAUGCCAAGGAAAACGAGCAACUGAGUGAAGAGAGGCAGAAGUUGCAAAAUACUGCGGCGGGCAUCAAGCGGACGGCCGAGCAGGCGCAACUGGACACGCCGCCUGAUAUUGCACGAGAGAGAGGACCUGGAUCGGUAUCGGAAAACGUUUCUACUUUGGCUGUAUAGAUGGAAAAGGUCUCCUAGCCACGGUCACGGCGAAUACCUGCAUCUGGUUCACCAAGUGCUGGGCACUAGACGCAGGACACGAAAGAGGAAACGAGACCAACGUGGGAAAGUAAUCCAGAUAGAAUAUUUCCACUCCAUCUAAAUGUAGGUGGGAGGUUGAUGCUCCUCACAAUCCCCGUCUAAGAUGUAACAUUU